CCAACAACAAACAAUUUAACAAAAUCCACUUUUUAAAAGCAUCAAGAGACCUCACGAUCGGCGACAACAACAGCAAAAACACUAACAACUAACACGGAGCAAGGACUCCAUUACGGAAAAAAUAACGAAGACAUUUUUAAGAGACAACAACUUGGGAGUGGAAAAUGAAGGAACUUGUAGGCAAGUGGAAACUAGACUGGGACAGGAACGACAACUUCGAGGAGUACCUGAAGGCGGUCGGUAUUCCUAUGCUGUUCCGAAAGCUUGGCAAGCAGGUGGUUCCGACCGAGGAGAUCACACAGGUAGACGAUAAUACCUGGUCGCUGUACGUGGUAGCAUCUGUCCGCCACAGCCGCCUCCACUUCCGGUUUGGAGAAGAGAUCCACGAAACAACUAUGGACGGCCGGAAGUGUGUGUCGCGGUUCGAGGUGGAUGAAGAGGGGGUGCUGGUUCAGUACCAGAAGUCGCUCAACCCAGGGGUACCAGACACAAAAAUUACACGGAAGCGAUCCUCAUCCAACCUCUUCAUACAGGAGUAUGAAGCAGUGGGCACAAAUGUGAAGUCGGUGAGGAAGUUUGUGCGUCAGGAGGGAUAAACAGCUCAGACCGGGAACCAUCAAGUUGUCUCGUCUGACUUCGGGACAUCACAGACAUUAUUAUAUCUUCAAUGACAAACACAUGCACUCCAAUCCGUUGCUUCGACGAGGAUCAACUGUCAGACCGGGAACCACCAAGACAGAGUUCAAGCUUAACUUGUGACAUUUACUUUCGAUGAUAAAAAAUGCAGACAGAUCUUCUAUGACAAACUACGGACUCGCCGCCCAUUGCUUUGAUGAGGGUCGUGUCUGUGUCUGUGGAAUCAUGAUAAAAUUCAAUUAA